AUGUCUUGGGAUCGAGUUCUUCCAAAACCCCUCGCUCUGCAUUAUGACCCCACUGGAUGUGAUCUCCCUACCCGGACCAGUACUCCUGUGGAUCACCAAAUUAUGACCGACAAGUUUUCCAACUUUGCGGCCGAAGAAAGUAGCCUCCCAUCAGUUGGCCUGGAUAGUAGAGUUCUCACAAGCGCUUUAUCAAGAACUACAAUUCCAAGCCCGGAAAAAUCGUGUCUGGCUGAAGUGCUGCCAGUUCUGGUCUCACCAAUUGCUCGUAAGAGAACUUGUUCAUUGAUCACGUCCGAGAUUGCUAGACAGGAGCGGUCCACAUCCUCCAGCUCCUCAAAAUCUACAUCAUCCAAGGAAUCAUCUAGUAUACAAUUCUGCCUAUGUCAACCAGAUCCCAAAAUUCCUCGCCCAAGAAAUGCCUUCAUUCUUUUCCGCCAACAUUUCCAAGCCUCUGUCGUUGCUCAGCACCCUGGUCUUGCAAAUCCUGAAAUAUCGAAGAUUAUCGGUGAGAAGUGGAGAUCUCUCUCCACAGAAUCAAAACAAGAUUGGAGAGAUCUUGCUGAGGAAGAAAAAGCUCGACACCAGCAGCAGUACCCUGAUUACCGAUAUCAACCUCGCCGGUACGGGAGGAAUGGCACAAACAGUGCUGUGGCCAGUUCAGGAAUAAGCAACAAUCCAACUGGUGCUUCUGUAUGCGGUAGAUGUGGCGGGAGAGUCAUGAAUCCACCAUCCACCCCAAGUACACCUUUUACCCCAUCUGCCCCGAGUCCUGUAACUUCGACCUCAUCCUCAUGUCAGCAAACACAGCCUUUGCACCAAAACUUUCAGGGGCAACGCUCUAGGGACGAGACCGGGUUGCCAAACCCUGUUCAAGUAGCUGGGAGCGUCAAUCGUCGAGUAACUGUCCGUAAUCAACUCCGUGAUGAGGUUUUACCUCUAUCACCUGAUGUUAAACGCCGUCGUUUCAACGGGACCGGUAUAUAUGCUCCUUCUGGUCAUGAGAUAGGCCCUGAACACCUUUACUCACCUCGAAGGACAUCACUUCCUCGCCCGGAAACCAUGUAUCAUAGAGGUCCUUACCCAGGGGGAGUUACUCCUCUUGGCCGGUCUUGCCGGCAUGGCUCAACGCAACAUGCUUCCCACGAUCCAAGUCUGACACUUCCACCGCUACAGACCAUGUCUCUUUCCCAGAAGAUUCAAACUAACGUAGAAGCAAUGGUGAUGAAGAUUCCGUAUCUCAACAAGAUUAAUUUGCUCUCGUUGAUUUCUCCUCCGGUAACGUCAAACCCCACCACCGGUGGCUCCAUCAGACGCGGAACGUUGGUCGCAGUUGAAGGACAGGAGCCAGAAUCCGUUAAGUACAUGAUACAUCAUCUACAGGCUGUUUUAUCGAAGGAAGGGAAAAAUGUCGUUCGUAUAUUUGAAGGGCCAGAAGCAGCCAUAGCAGAAUUCAGUGACAAACCAGAGGACAAGCGUGAUGUGAUGGUCCGAUAUCUGGAUACGAUAUCUGCCUGGCACAAAAUAUCCGAUGAAAUCAUGGGAUUUAUCAACGGGAGUCCAGGGCCUACUUCACAGCAAUCGAUUGGACAGGAGGAAGCGGACUUUGAGAUAUCUCCUAGAUCUAUAGUUCCGAAAACCGCUCAACUGAGCAUCAACUCUCCCGAACCAUCAUGCGCGACGGUUGCCCCAACACCCACGCCCACGCCUACGCCCACGCCCACACCCACAUCUGCAUUCACACCAGCAGCAGAGACAGUACCAACACCUAAUGCGUCGCCUGUGUUAUCGAAGUUACCAUCUCGUAUUGCCCUUGUACCCCGCUACCAGCUGACCAAUGCUGAUAUCCACGCCUGCGCCAUUCUCAUCAAGGACUCUUACGCACCAAUCGACCAUUGGCAAUGGGUGGCGUCACUUUGGCGCGGUUGCGCUGGUCCCGAUGUGACUGUAUAUGUACGGGAUUGUGGGAAAGAAGAGCUGGACACAUUUGGAGCCAGUGCUGUUGAAAUGCGCCUUGAUGAUGCACGAGCACUGGUUGUGAGGCGUCUGGCAGAUUCGCCACCUGGGAUUGACGAGAAGGCGGUUAGAAGGGUGGGUUUUGAAGUUGAGGAGUUUCUGAGGAAGUAA